UGUAAAAAUGUUGUUCUCUAUGGUAGUUGCUCAAAAGAGUCGCUUUUCCCGGGAAAAGUGUGACUGCCAUCCAUUUUGGUGUGAAUCUAAUUCUAGUUCAUGGCUCCCUGGUGACCUGGCCUUGUCAUAAUCAAUGCAGUGUGGCCAGUUCCCGAAUCGUGUAGCCACAUCUCCAGCUCCAGCACAUCUUCCUUGCACAACGAACCGAACCGCCUUCCCUAUUCAAACCACCAAACCUCACAACUUCCCAGGCCGGUCCUGCCUUUUUGACCGUCGAAUCCGAGCGCAGACGGUAGAAUCUCGAGCCGAUCAACCCGACCAAGCUGCCCUGCGACACGAACCCCGAUCCGUGAUAAAUAAGCGAUGGACGCCCGGAACAACCUCUUCGGGCAGGGCCCGCGGGCGGGCGGCGGCGGCGGCGGUCUUCCGGGCCGCCAAGUGCAGCGCGCACCCGGCGGCCCGCCACCCCAGCAGGGCUACCCGCAGCAGCAAGGCUAUGGCGGCGGGGGCGGCUACGGUGCUCCCCAGCAACAGCAGGGCUACGGCGGCGGAGGCGGCGGCUACGGUGCACCACCGCCCCAGCAACGACAAGGCGGCGGCGGCGGCUACGGGGCCCCUCCGCCCGGCAACUACGGCCAGCAGUCGGCGGGCGGUCGCAAGGUCCGCCUCCGCCCGGCCAAGGUCGAGGACAAGAACCUGCAGAACAUCUACAUAUUCACCAACAUCUGCGCCGUCUCGCCCGAGGACUUCCCCGCAUCAUCCGGAGAUGGCGACCUCUACAUACGCAUCAGCGGCCCGAUGAUGAAGGGUCAGGACUAUGUCGUCAUGGGCCGCCCGACGCCCGGCUUCCCGCGCGGCGGCAUCGGCCUGUCGGAGCCCCAGAGGGCGUGGAUGACCAUUGGCGUCAUGGACGAGCUCGAGGGCGAGCUCUACGACCCGCUCGGUGGCGGCACGCCGUACCUGGGAUCCAUGGACGUCGAGGUUAGCUUCGCGUCGAGCAAGAAGUUCACGGACGAAGCUUAUGACCAGGAAGAGCUGGAGAAGGCGGUGCAAAAGACCUUCUCGAAUCAGAUGUUUGCGCCGCGCCAGCGGGUGCUGCUCGACAUAAGGAGCGUCCCGCUCAUCCUUGUCGUCAAGACGGUCACGCUGGUUGACCUGAGCAUGGGCGAGAAGUCGGGAUCCCAAACGAGCUCCGACCCGGGGUCCCGCGGCGUGCUGACCACGCAGACAAGCGUCGACUUCUUCCGCGACACCAAGUCACCAAUCAAACUCAAGGCGUCCAGCCGCAAGGCCGCCUCCAACUCCAUCGUCUCGCCCGACUUCAAAUUCGAGGACAUGGGCAUCGGCGGUCUCGACAACGAGUUCAGCACCAUUUUCCGCCGUGCCUUCGCUUCGCGCAUCUUCCCGCCCGGCCUGAUCGAGCGGCUCGGCAUCAUGCACGUCAAGGGAAUCCUGCUCUACGGACCCCCUGGCACGGGCAAGACGCUGAUCGCCCGCCAGAUCGGAAAGAUGCUCAACGCGAGGGAGCCAAAGGUCAUCAACGGUCCCGAGGUGCUGAACAAGUACGUCGGACAGUCCGAGGAGAACAUCCGCAAGCUGUUCGCCGACGCGGAGAAGGAGUACAAGGAGAAGGGCGACGAAAGUGACCUUCACAUCAUCAUCUUUGACGAGCUGGAUGCAGUUUGCAAGCAGCGUGGUUCAGGUUCAGGGGGCGGCACUGGAGUCGGCGACAGCGUUGUCAAUCAGCUUCUGUCCAAGCUGGACGGUGUCGAUCAACUGAACAACAUCCUUCUCAUCGGAAUGACCAACCGCAAAGACAUGAUCGAUGACGCCCUACUCCGUCCAGGCCGUCUCGAGGUGCAGAUCGAGAUCAGUCUGCCGGAUGAGCCUGGCCGUGAACAGAUCCUCAAGAUCCACACCUCCAAGAUGGUCAAGAACAACGUCAUCGAAGCGGACGUGGACACGGCGGAGCUGGCGGCCAAGACCAAGAACUUUUCAGGAGCCGAGCUGAACGGUCUGGUCAAGUCGGCCACGUCGUUUGCCUUCAACCGGCACAUCAAGGUGGGCACCAUGGCGGGCGUGUCGGACUCGGUGGCCGAUAUGAAGGUCAACCGAGCCGACUUCCUCAACGCGCUCUCCGAGGUCAAGUCGGCGUUUGGCGUGGACGAGGAAGAACUUGGGGCGAGCAUCGUUUACGGCAUUAUGGACUACUCGCCUGUCAUCCGAGGCAUCCUCAGCGACGGCAUAGAAUACGCCAACAACGUACGGCAGAUAGAGCGGCUCAAGCACAUGUCGGUGCUGCUGCACGGCCCCCCGGGCUCGGGCAAGACGGCGCUGGCGGCCCAUAUCGCCAUCAAGUCCGACUUCCCCUUCGUCAAGAUCAUCACCCCCACGAGCCUGCUAGGCUACAGGGACGAGGUAGCCAAGAAGGACUACGUGCACAAGGUCUUUACCGACGCAUACAAGUCGCCGCUGAGCUUGCUGAUCCUGGACAAUAUCGAGCGCAUGAUCGAGUGGAACCCCAUCGGCCCGCGCAUGUCCAACACCAUGGUGCAGGCCAUCCUGACGCUCUGCAAGGCGCCACCACCAAAGGGCCACCGCCUGCUGAUUCUCGCCACUACCUCGCGCCGUGGCAUGUUGGACCAGCUGGACAUGAUGGACGCGUUCGACCGCGAGAUUGCGGUGCCGGCGGUCCGGAACCUUAAGGAGCUGGGCGAGGUUCUGACCGAGUCGCAGCUCCUGGAGUCGUCGGACGUCAACGCCUGCCUCAACGGGGUCCAGGGAAUCACGGGCACCGACACCGUCGGCGUUGGCGUCAAGACGGUGCUAACCAUCGCAGCGGGCGCACAGAUGGCCCGGGACCCCGUGGACCGGUUCAGCGAGGAGCUGUCGAAGGCCAUUGUUAGUAGCACAAGGCAGUAUUAGAAUCUAGAGCAGGCCAUGUAGAAAUGAUCAUCUUUCACGACCAGUACAAAAAAUAUGGCGGUUGUACAGGUCCCAGGGAUUAAAAUGGUUAAUGCUACAGGCUUUCCUACUUGUAUUCUUUUGGUUAUUCCUGUUGCCUUUAAGUUAU